AUGUCUGCGGAGGCAAAUCACGUAGACAACGGUGGACUGUACCCCUUCUUUUCUCGCUAUGGCCGAAUUAGGUUGCCUCAGGACGAAAAGGAUCCCCAAGAUGGCCAUCAUGACCUUCCUGGAUUUCAGACGAGAACGGCGAGCAGGGGUCGAGGACGCUUGCAACGUGCUGGCGCGCUUCUCAUUUAUGUUGCGCUUUGCUUGUCACCGUUCUUCGUGAUCAGCUACUACAAGGCAACGCACCGCAAUGCCAGAGGACGCGUUGCCGGCACCGCUCACGGCGUCUUUAAACACGAUGAUAACCACAUAUACGGCGAGCCCCUCAUGUUCUUUGGUGGCAGCCAGGAACACUGUUCCUCCCCGGACCAAUGGCUGUUCUCUGACGCUGACGCUGGCCUCUCCUUUGAUCGCGGCCAGCAACGUUUCUCGCACAGUGCUAGCAAGAAGUUCACUUUUCCUAUCGAUGACGCCUCCCUUCGAUUAUCUUGCAGUGGCAAUGCCCGUAUACCAGGAAUUGCACGCUUGGUCCUUGCUAACACCAGUGAUCUCAGUGACACGCCCUCAGAUAGCGCCAGAGCGCGACAGGUGCAAGUCGGGCUCACCGCAUACAUGCAUGACCCGGAAACAUUCAACAAAGUUACGAAGGUCUGCAGAAAGACAGACCCCCUGAUGUGCGCGGGCGGAGAGCAAUUGGAAUUCUUUGUUAACUUUCCACGUUGGACUGUCAAGGAGCGCUCCCAUGCGAUGUUCAUGGAGAUGACAAUCCGAUUCCCUACUGGUACCGCAACAUCUCCUGUGCAGAUGAAGAAGCUCCUAACGUUCCUGGCCAACUUCGAAUAUGUCGUGGACGACCUCAGCGACGGUCUCACUUUCGAGUCUGUUUCUCUGAUGUCUCAAAACGCAGAGAUGCGCAUCGGUUCUUUAACUGCGCGAGAGAUCAUGGUUCAUACUACGCUCGCGCCAAUCCACGGCUCAUUCACAUCUCUUUCCGACAUGGUCAUAUCGACCACUGACGCCCCCAUCAACAUCAAUGUUAGGCUCGUCGCAUCUCCUUUACGCCCAGAUCCAGUGUCGGCUUUCCCGUGGCAUUCAAUUCGUCAGGACAAGGAAGCGACGAACUCGCUGUCAAUCAGCACCACCAAUGGCUCGAUCAAUGCUCAAGUGGCUCUGUCUGCCGCUCAACACAAGACGAACUCGUCUCACCUGGAGGGACACUACAGCACGAGCUUCCAGACGACCUAUGCCCCUGUCUCCGUCGCCUUCUCUUCUGCCCCCGAGGAGAGCCAAUUGAAGGCGGCCGUCAUCACGCAAUUCUCCGAUGCGACAUUAAAGCUGCCUCAGACAUUCAUCGGCCCUGUAUGCGUGCGAGGUGGCCCAGCUUCUUGGUGGGAGCCGACUAUCCAUGGUACCAAUGGGACCCGUCUGGGUGCGAAGAGAGGUGUGCAAGUCAUCACGGAGCGCGAAGAUCAGGACAUCCAGUCCAAAUGCAACGAUCUAGAACAGGUACCAAGCCAUGCAAGAGUGAUUGCCCUGCAUGGCGGCGUAGAUAUUUAUCUCUAG